AUGGAGGGGUUUGUAGCAGUCAGCGAAUGGAACAAUGCAAUGUCAGUCACGUUGGGAUGGAAGGAAGGGACCGGAAUGGCGGUGGCGAUGGCAUCUGGCCGAGGAGGAGGAGGAGGACCGGGUGGCGUUGGGAGCUGGUCCAGAGGAAGUAAAGUUCGAGUUUUGGAGGGUGACGUCUGCGUCUCGUGUCAGAUGCUCAGAAGCUCUGAAUUGAGCUUUGGGGUUUGAAAAGGUUCUUCCUAUUGAAAGAGGUUUUAAGGGAGGCUCAUGAGCUCUGACUUGAAUAUAAAAAAUGAUCUCUAGGUAUUCAGUCGCCAUGCUCUAGACGAUUCAAAAACGAUGUUCGUUCGAUGUACAGUUUAAGUUUCGGAGUGUGAAGUCUGAGCUCUUGGUUGAGAGGCUCAAGCGCUGAUUCAAGCUCCUCGACUCAGAAAAUAUAAUCCUGGGAUUGGCCCUUUCAUUGGGAAGUCAUGGUUCCCGACUAUUUCAGAGAAACUUCAAGUUUAAGAUUUGACGUCUGGCGCCUCUUGUAUUUGAGUCUCAAGUUCCGAUGAAAGAUUUCUCAGUUCGAAAAUCACGAUUCGAAAACUGAUACUCUUAUUGAGAAAAUAUGGUUCGAUCAUUCGUGAACCGUAUUCCAAGCCUCUAAAAGGUCGAAUUUAAUUUAGAUUGCCUGUUUGUCACAAUCCCUACCUUGAAAUACUUUGAAAAAUGUUUCUGUAAAAUUUGCUCCAAGCUUGGGGCUUCUUUGAAUUCAAGACGACCAAAAGAGCCCUUCUUCUUCUUCCUACGCCUUUCUACCGCUUGAGCGGCGUCGGCGCCCCAAGUCGAUUAGCCGAGGUCCUAUCUUGA